AUGCAGGCCAUCCAGCAGCGAUGCCGGCCAAAACACCAGGUCUUGGUCCUCAAGUGCUAUCCGCGAACCACUAAGGGUGCGGUCGAUGUGAAGCCCAACUCGAGCGAGCUGAGCUAUCUGCUCUACUAUGCCACCUCACGGCGAACCAAGAUCCAGAAGGUCGGUAGCUUUCUCGAGCGGAAGACGGCAAGCGAUGUCUGGCACCUGCGCAUCGGAAAUGUCCAGGUCACCCUUCAGAUACUGGAAGCUCUGAUCGAGAAGAACCCCAAAGAUCUCCCGCUGUUUGCGCCCAACAUCCUAACGAUCCUCGAUCUCAUCCUACGAUCCAAUGACAUCACCAUGGUCGAAUCCUCGAUUCCCACAUUCAAGGCUUUCUGCACGCACCACGACGCGUCUAUCCUGUUAGCUGAUCAGGCCUACCUGGCCCAGUUCGAGGCCGUCGUGCGUCAUUAUGCCUCUUUUGCCUCCACGCGACUUGCUCCCGGGAAGACGCAGCCCAGCAAGCCGGUGACGAUGCGAUGGCGCAACUCGGGUCUCGAAGCGAUCCGCGCCGUGGCGUCAUCGGAUGCACUCUCGUCCAUUGCCGGCCGCCAGUACGACAUGAUGGUGCCGAUGGUUCUGGAGAAUCUGUGGACUGACAACGAAGACUUCCUCGAUGUGCUGUUGCAGCGCGUCGAGGUCGAGGAGCAGGUCGACACAGAUCGGCUGCUCAAGCGCCGAACUAGUGUAGCUACCGUCCGCACGGCAGACAUCGCUGGCGACACAAAUCCAAUUGCCCUGUCCGGCACGGCUACGGAUGUGGACAAGCUGGCCGAGGAGGACAUUGGCGUUCUUGCCAUGCAGUGCUUGAAGCAGAUUUUCAUCGCCCCGAGCCGCUCGUUGAUCCACUCGGCUACCACAUCCUUGCUGGAAUUUGUCAACGACCGGAUCAGCCAGGGCGAGUCCGUCGUGAGUGGCAACUUCAACAGUGGCAAGGACAAUGGCUGGGCCGUCAAGAUCUGCAGCCUCCUUCUCCGCUGGGCUCCGGUUCAAGAGCGAUACAUUAUCCUCGUCACCACCAUAGACACCCUAGCACGCUCCCCGCUCACCGACGAGACCCUUGAUCAGCAUAUCACCCUAGCCGCCAUGAUUGCUUCUCUGCUGCGGUCGGAUGCAAGCUUGAUCGGCCUGAGCGUCAUGGAUGUGCUGCUUAGCUUCAUCCAUCACAUCAAGAAGCUGGUGCAGAUGCCAGGCGACCCUGCUGCUGCCGCUGCUCUGGCCACGUCUGAAGGCCCGCUGCCAGGCCAACAAGACCUGCGCUCUCCGACCACGCAGGCAGCGGCCAGCUCGGCAGUGACUGUGUCAUCGAAGCGUAAGGAGCUUCUACUUCGCCUGCAGCAGUGUAUUGGCGAUCUGGCUACCCACGUGUACUACGCCGACCAGAUCUCCGACAUGGUCUCGACUAUUCUGUUCCGCCUGAAGCCGGCUCGCACGGGCGGUUUGGCCAGCUCGACGCCACCCGGUGAGAAGUCCGACGACGGACAAGACUCACCACAGCAAUCGCCACAGCAGCACAAGGACAGGACAAAGCAGCACGUGGUCGAGUCCCUCUUUUCGCUUACCGUAACCAAGACAGCCAUGCUGAAGUCUGUCAAGGCCAUCCUGCUGGUAGCCAAUCCGCGCACGAACCACGGCGGCAGCCAGACGCUCACGCGGAACCGGGUACCAAUCAAAGUAUGGGAGGGCACACACUGGCUGUUGCGUGACCCUGACGGUGGGGUGCGGAAGGCGUAUGUCGACACUCUCCUGACAUGGCUUGAUCGGGAGACGACUGCGGCAGACCAAGAGGUCCUUGAUGAUGGUACUGUCGCGCUUGGUACUGGUACAGCCUCCAGCGGCAUCCAACCGGCAACGAGGAGUGGCCGCGAAGCGGCGUCUGGCCCAACAGGAUCGGAUUUUGGAAAGCGCGCUUUGUCGAGCACAUCUCAGCGUGAAAACGUCGGCAACAGCAACAGCAACGGCGUCAUCAUCUCCAAUGGCGGCUCCAGCAAUAGCAACGGUAAGACGAGGUCCCGGCGGAGUUUCUUCUUGUCGCUGCUGCACCUCGCCAUAUACGACAACGCGCUAGAAUUCGUGGAGUAUGAGACCGACCUGGUGCUGCUGCAUGUCCUCCUGAACAAGCUCGCUGAUCGACUGGGCGUGAACGCGGUGCGGUAUGGCCUGCCAAUGAUCUUCCAGCUUCAGGAAUCCAUCCAGGACGUGGAGACGCCACAGGAGAAAGUACGUCUCGGCAGUGUAGUGCAUGGCUACUUCUGGACGCUCACGGAGAGAUUCAACUUUGAGUCGUCUGUCGUGGGCCGGGCUAUCCGAAACGAGAUCACGCGACGACGCUCCAAGCAUUUCUGGUUGGAGGGCAUACAAGUGCCGCCGACCUUUGUGGAGCUGGCAGGUACACCGGGCAUGAUGCGGCCGCAGCCGAGAAUGCCGCUGCACGAGAUCGAGUCGGAGGCGCUGCUGCCUUUCGACGACCGCCUUUCGCUGGUUGAGUGCGUCAGCACGGCCUACUACGAGGCUUUUGCAGGCUCGCCACCACAGAGCCCGUCGACGAACCCUGGCCGAGGUGGCAGCAGCGGUGGCCUCUUUCCCGGAUUUAGUCUCGGCAACGCAACCGUUUCUGCCAACACGCAGCGGGAGGUUCCGGCAGCCGUCAGGGAGGAGAUGCUGUCGGACUGGUCGCGCGACGGCGUGUUGCAGCAGAUGCAACAGCACAACAGCAGCAAGUCGGUGUCGCUGAGCGGAUCGCGCUCGGGAACCAUGGCCACUGCCAGCAACACGGUGGCACGAAGCCGUCUGGCCAUCAACACACUGAACGGGCUGUCGAACGGGCAGCUCUACUUCAAUGGCAAUGGGCCAACAUCCCCGACCGCCCAGCAAAACACACGGCCCAUCUCGCAGCCGGCCCGAGCAGUGAACGGCUCGACGGCCAACGAUAUGCUGGCUGCACCGGUUGUGUCGAAACUUCGCAAGACCAGCAUUCGCAGCGGCCUGUCUCCGUCGCCGAUAGGGAGCAGCUCGACUCGAAGCGGCGGCGGUUUUGUCACAUCUGUGGACCAGCUGAAGCUGGCGCUCACGGGCGGUUUGACGUCGCCAGGUCUCGGCCGUGAGCGCAGCGGCGACGCGAACGACGACGAUGGAAGCAGCGACAGCAUGGCGAGCUAUGACUUGUCGGCAUCCGAGGUUUCGUUCAAUCCUCCACUGGGCGUUGCUGCUGGCCAGGCUCAACCAUCACAGCAGUCGGAUCGAGAACCGUCUAGCUCGCCAGCAAGCGUGAAGCGCAGCUUGUCGGCAGCAGCUCGGAAAAACUCGACGGCCAGCUCGGGUCAGCUGGGGUCACUGCCUUCCGGAACCAACAGCGACGCAGACGCGGAGGCCGUGCCACCGGUGCCGCCGUUGCCAUCACCUUUGUUGCGGGGGCAGCAGAACCAGCAGGCCAACGGUGGCUAUGCCGGCUAUCCUCCCGUCACGUUUGUAUCGUCUGACGGCCGUCCGGCGACUGCAUCGCCAGGCAGGACGUCCACCUCGGGAGGAGUGUCGCGGCGCAACGUCAGGAGCCGUGGAGGCGAGAGUGUGUUGUCGAGCCUGAUUAACGACGAGCUUCCAGCUUCGGCAGGCGACCUUGACUCGCUGCUGAAGGGCAUUGAUAGCCGAGCAGGGGAGCACAGUUUCGGGAAUGUAUCCCGGCCGCCAUACUGA